UAGCCAGUUGGAUGCAGCGAAAGUUUUGACAUCCCACGGUGAAAAAAUUAAGCCUGAACAAUCAUUGUUGUCACUUCAGCAAUCCCACAGUGCCACAGAGACAGUGCCUCUCCUAAGAAGCCACUCAAUGCCUUCUGCUGCAUGCACUAUAAGCUCUCCACAUACCUUUAGAGGUAGCUAUUCAUUUGAUGAUCACAUCAUGGAGCCUGAAGUCUUAAGCCGCAGUCAAGCGUUUUCUUCCCAUCCCCGAAUGCUAAAACGACAACCAGCUAUUGAGCUACCUUUGGGGGUAGAAUACGUCUCAGAGGAGGUUAGCUCUGCGAACAAAGAAACUGUUUCCAAACCUCCUGAGGAGCCUGAAACCAAGGAAAGUGAUCUUACCAAAAAGUCUCGGAAGGGUCCGAAAGUUAAAGGGUUCAUGUACGAGUGUAACGUAUGUGGUGCUCGGUAUAAGAAAAGGGACAAUUAUGAAGCCCAUAAGAAAUACUACUGUUCAGAACUGCAGCUCUCAAAGCCUCGUUCUUCUGCUUCCCAUACCUCUUCAGAGACUGAGAAAAAUGUUGCAGAUCCUGACACGUGGCCCCAGAUGAUGCAUUACAAGCUAGGGAGCAGUUUGGAGCUCACCCCGCUCCGAAAGAGGCGAAAGGAAAAGAGUCUCGGUGAUGACGAGGAGCCUCCAGCUUUUGAGCUGUCUGAGACUCCCUCCUCCAGUACUGCGCCAGGGACUCAGUUUGCAAACCCAGCAUCAUCUGACGUCGCGUUAAACCUAACCCGUGAAUCCAUUAAGUCACCAGCAGAUCCGGGUAAAUCCACACCUUCCGAUGUCAGUGCCAGCUUCCAUUCCAGGAAUACCAAACCGGCUUCAAGUGCAGAGGGCAAAGAGAGAAGAACAACCUCAAAGGAGAUCUCUGUUAUCCAGCAUACAAGCUCCUUUGAGAAGUCUGACUCUAUCGAGCAAGCAAGCAGCUUGGAGGAAGACAAACCCUUGCCACAGUACUCGUCUCAGCCGACACCCCAGCACAGCCGACCACCUCACUCCCUGCAGCCCAGGCUCGUACGCCAGCCCAACAUCCAGGUCCCAGAGAUUCUGGUCACAGAAGAGCCCGACAGACCAGAAACGGAGCCAGAGCCUCCUCCAAAAGAGCCAGAGAAAACGGAGGAAUUUCAGUGGCCGCAGAGGAGCCAGACCCUUUCCCAGCUCCCAGCAGAGAAACUUCCACCAAAAAAGAAGAGGCUGCGGCUGGCAGAAAUGGCUCAGUCCUCCGGAGAGUCCAGUUUCGAAUCUGUCUCCCUCACCCGAAGCCCAAGUCAGGAAAGCAGCAUAUCCCACGGCUCCAGCCACUCUGUCUCCUUUGAUCGUGAAGAUCACAGCAAGUCAGAGUCAACGAGCCAGGCCUCUGAAUCCCACCCAAAGCCUCCUGGUGUUGGCUCACACAUGUUGAUGGUACCAAGCCACCAUCACCAUUCCAGGGAAAUGCGGAGAUCUGCUUCUGAGCAGACACCGAAUGUGUCCCAUCCUUCCCAGAUGUCAGAGACCCGCAGUAAAUCAUUUGACUACGGGAGCUUGUCGUCCACUCCUGCCUCAACCCCUGGCCCCUCAUCCUCCUCAGCUCCACAGGAGCGAAGGAAAUGCUUUCUAGUUAGGCAAGCAUCCCUCACUAGGCACCCAGAACAUGAUCCAGACUUGGCCCCAACAGGCCGGCCAGAGACAGAAGAUCCAAUUCCUUCUUCAAGUCGAAAAGAUAUAACUAGAACUGAGAAGGAAGAGGAUAAAAGAGGGAAAUCAGAAGAAGAGGCUCUUGUAACCAAAAGAGGAGAGCCAGUCCGGAUCAAGAUCUUUGAAGGAGGGUACAAAUCAAACGAAGAGUAUGUGUAUGUGCGAGGCCGUGGAAGAGGGAAGUAUGUAUGUGAGGAGUGUGGAAUUCGCUGCAAGAAACCCAGCAUGCUGAAGAAACACAUUCGCACGCACACAGACGUCAGGCCAUAUGUCUGCAAGUACUGUAACUUUGCUUUUAAAACCAAAGGGAAUCUGACUAAACAUAUGAAGUCAAAGGCCCACAGCAAAAAAUGUCAGGAGAUGGGCGUGUUGGUAUCUUCACUGGUGGAUCUGGAAGCCGAAGAAGCCCAACAGCUUGAAGACCUAUUCCAGGACUCUGAGGGGCGGGAGGGAUCUGAGCCAAUUGAGGAACACCAGUUUUCAGACCUAGAGGAAUCUGACGAGGAUGAUGACAAUGAAGAUGAGGAAGAUGAGGAGGAAGAGGAGAGCCAAGAUGAACCACCUUUAAAGUUGCCGGAAG